AUGUCACAAAGUGCCAAGUGGCGUGAAGACCUCAGUCCAACUCUCCGAGUGCCCAUGGCAGAAGCAAACAACAAGCACUGGUACAUUUUUGAACCGGUUCAACUGCACAGCCGACAUGUGGUGGUGCCAAUCUUUUUCUUCAUGGAGAACAACAAAAUCUUGGCUCGAUGUGUGAAAGCAGACAUAUCCCAACAAGGACCAAAGAAAAUCAAGAUCACUAUUCCAUCUAAUCUGGAUUUCAAUUCCAACCAGUUGAGGAAUGUCCAUCUCCAAGAUUUUGCAUUGACUUACGACGAGAUACAUAUUGGGUCUUCUGGAAAGCUUGCUGAAGCAUGCAGCAAUGAACUCUAUGAAUAUGGGCAAAAAGAAAAGGCCCACACACUUCCCAAUCCGUGGCGGAUCAAGGCCUCAAGGGAUGAUUAUUAG